AUGCCUUCGGUCCGAAGAAGCUCAGAAUUUAUUCAAAAUACCCCCCUCCCCCCCCCCCCCGAUUUCGCGGCCGCUAGCGACUCCCGCAAGAGAUUGCUUCGGGUUACCGAUCCAGACGAAGAUGACCUGGCGGCCGCUGAUGAAGAUGAUGAAGAGCGAGGUAAGAAGUUCCAGAAACUCACUGAGAUCUUCGAGAGGUUGGACAAUGCCAAGGCUUUGUUGGAAAUGAAAGACAAGCUUGACGAAGCGAAGGUGGUCAUGAUGGUCAAGGCUGCAGUGGAAGAGGGCAAAUGA